AUGGAGUUGUGUGGAUCGAUAGCUCGGCCUCCUGCGGGGAGCUCAUUAGACCAGAUCAUUGGCCCCAGAAACAUCGCAGAGCGACGAGGGUCCAGAAUUUCAUCACCACAGUGCUCUAGCAGAACCCCUAUCUGUAGCCGUGCUCCGAUCUGCCAUCAGAGAGCCGUACGGAACGUUGGGGUCUCUAGCACCAAACUGAACAGCAGCAGCGGAUUAGAGAAUCAGCGGCGAGCUUCCGUCCCAGGGAACGGCGCAGCCAGCAGUCCGGAAAUGCCAAGCAUGAGCACGGUCGAGAUGGAGGUGCUUUCAGAUUCAGACUCGGAAGAGUUUUUCGCCAGCGAGGCUGACGACGAUCCUGACCGUCCAUCUCGAGGGCUCAACUCCAUUGCCGAAGCCAUUGAAGCCAUCCGACGGGGCGAGAUGGUGGUGGUGGUGGACGACGAGGACAGGGAGAACGAGGGCGAUCUGAUCAUGGCGGGCGCGCUCACAACAGAGGCGGACAUGGCCUUCAUCGUCAGGCACUGCAGCGGGCUCGUGUGUGUGGGCGUGGCGGGGGCUGUGCUGGACCGCCUGGAGCUGCCCUUGAUGGUUCGGAGCCAGGAGAAUGACGAGGCACUGAGGACAGCUUUCACUGUGUCUGUGGACCUGAAGCUGGGAACUACAACGGGCAUAUCGGCGUCAGACCGGGCAAAAACAGUGAGGGCGAUGGCAGACUACUCGAGUGAGCCUUCAGACUUCCGCAAGCCCGGCCACAUCUUCCCCCUGCGCUCCAGAGAAGGUGGAGUGCUGAAGCGAGCAGGGCACACAGAGGCAGCAGUGGAUCUCUCAGUGCUGGCUGGCCUUCCCCCUGUGGGAGUGCUCUGUGAGAUAGUGAACGACGAUGGGACCAUGGCCCGCAUGCCUCAGCUCAAGGUCUUUGCCCGCCAGCACAACCUCUGUCUUAUCUCCAUCGAGGACCUAAUCAGGUACCGGCGCAAGAGGGAGAAGCUGGUGGAGCGAACUGCAGUGGCCCGCCUGCCCACCCAGUGGGGUGUGUUCAACAUCUUCAGCUACAAGUGCAAGCUGGAUGGCAUCGAGCACGUUGCCAUGGUCAAGGGCGAGAUCGGCGAUGGGGUGGAUGUGUUGGUGCGAGUGCACUCAGAGUGCCUCACGGGAGACAUCUUUGGGUCAAGGCGCUGUGACUGCGGGCCACAACUGGAGCAGGCUAUGAAGAGGAUAGAAGCGGCGGGGAGGGGCGUGUGUGUGUACCUGCGCGGGCACGAGGGGAGGGGUAUCGGGCUUGGACACAAGCUUCAAGCAUACAACCUGCAGGACAUGGGCCGGGAUACAGUGGAGGCUAAUGUGGACUUGGGCUUUCCAGCUGAUUCCAGGGAAUAUGGCAUUGGCGCGCAGAUUCUGCGCGACUUAGGAGUCAGGACAAUGCGGCUGAUGACCAACAACCCCGCCAAGUACAUCGGACUGAAGGGCCACGGGCUGGCAGUCACUGGCCGGGUACCCGUGCUCUGCCCCAUCACCCCUGAAAAUCGGGCAUAUUUGGAGACCAAGAGGAAGAAGAUGGGGCACAUCUAUGGGUCGGACAUGCCUGGGAGCAUUGCAGGGCUACUUCGAGAGGAGGAGGCUGCUAGGCGUGCACAGCAGCAGCAAGAGGAGGAGGAGAACAAGGAAGGGCAGGAGAGGAAGCAGGGGCAGAGUGACGGGCAGAUGAAAGGGCAGGUGAAAGGGCAGGGAGAGGGGAAGGAGGAGCUGCUGUUGCGUCAGCUGAAUGGGGCAAGUGUGGGAGGCGAUGGAAGCCCUCUAGAUAACACUGCAUUCAACACUCCGGAAGAUUGGAGCUAG